UGCGUCACAUGACCGGCUUUAAGCAACAUGGCGGCUGCCGUGGUGCAGCGCCCGGGCUGAGCGACAGCAAGUGCAGCGGGCUCCUACCCCGGGUGAGGGGUGGCCUCCGCGUGGGAUCGUGCCCUCUUCAGCCCGCUCCUGUCCUCGACAUCACGUGUAUUCCGCACGUCCGCUCCGCGCUGUGCGUCUACUGAGACGGGGAGGCGUGACAGGGCCCGGGUCCCUUCUCAGUCGUGCUCUGUGCUUCGGGGCAAGCUCCCCGUCUCCGGGCGCACUUCCCUCGCCUGGGUUCGGUCCAUCCUCCUUUCUCCAGCCUCCUCCCCUCGUAGGUGGGAUCGUCGGUGGGACCGGAGCGCGGGCGGGCGCGGCCCCCCGGGACCAUGGCCGGGUCCGACACCGCGCCCUUCCUCAGCCAGGCGGAUGACCCGGACGACGGGCCAGUGCCUGGCACCCCAGGGUUGCCAGGGUCCACGGGGAACCCGAAGUCCGAGGAGCCUGAGGUCCCGGACCAGGAGGGGCUGCAGCGCAUCACCGGCUUGUCUCCCGGCCGUUCGGCUCUCAUAGUGGCGGUGCUGUGCUACAUCAAUCUCCUGAACUACAUGGACCGCUUCACCGUGGCUGGCGUCCUUCCCGACAUCGAGCAGUUCUUCAACAUCGGGGACAGUAGCUCUGGGCUCAUCCAGACCGUGUUCAUCUCCAGUUACAUGGUGUUGGCACCUGUGUUUGGCUACCUGGGUGACAGGUACAAUCGGAAGUAUCUCAUGUGCGGGGGCAUUGCCUUCUGGUCCCUGGUGACACUGGGGUCAUCCUUCAUCCCCGGAGAGCAUUUCUGGCUGCUCCUCCUGACCCGGGGCCUGGUGGGGGUCGGGGAGGCCAGUUAUUCCACCAUUGCGCCCACUCUCAUUGCCGACCUCUUUGUGGCCGACCAGCGGAGCCGGAUGCUCAGCAUCUUCUACUUUGCCAUUCCGGUGGGCAGUGGUCUGGGCUACAUUGCAGGCUCCAAAGUGAAGGAUAUGGCUGGAGACUGGCACUGGGCUCUGAGGGUGACACCAGGUCUAGGAGUGGUGGCCGUUCUGCUGCUGUUCCUGGUAGUGCGGGAGCCGCCAAGGGGAGCCGUGGAGCGCCACUCAGAUUUGCCACCCCUGAACCCCACGUCGUGGUGGGCAGAUCUGAGGGCUCUGGCAAGAAAUCCUAGUUUCGUCCUGUCUUCCCUGGGCUUCACUGCUGUGGCCUUUGUCACGGGCUCCCUGGCUCUGUGGGCUCCGGCAUUCCUGCUGCGUUCCCGCGUGGUCCUCGGGGAGACCCCACCCUGCCUUCCCGGAGACUCCUGCUCUUCCUCUGACAGUCUCAUCUUUGGACUCAUCACCUGCCUGACUGGAGUCCUGGGUGUGGGCCUGGGCGUGGAGAUCAGCCGCCGGCUCCGCCACUCCAACCCCCGGGCUGAUCCCCUGGUCUGUGCCGCUGGCCUCCUGGGCUCUGCACCCUUCCUCUUCCUGUCCCUUGCCUGCGCCCGUGGUAGCAUCGUGGCCACUUAUAUUUUCAUCUUCAUUGGAGAGACCCUCCUGUCCAUGAACUGGGCCAUCGUGGCUGACAUUCUGCUGUACGUGGUGAUCCCUACCCGACGCUCCACCGCCGAGGCCUUCCAGAUCGUGCUGUCCCACCUGCUGGGCGACGCUGGGAGCCCCUACCUCAUUGGCCUGAUCUCUGACCGCCUGCGCCGGAACUGGCCCCCCUCCUUCUUGUCCGAGUUCCGGGCUCUGCAGUUCUCGCUCAUGCUCUGCGCGUUUGUCGGGGCACUGGGCGGCGCAGCCUUCCUGGGCACCGCCAUCUUCAUUGAGGGCGACCGCCGACGGGCGCAGCUGCAUGUGCAGGGCCUGCUGCACGAAGCAGGGCCCACAGACGACCGGAUUGUGGUGCCCCAGCGGGGCCGCUCCACCCGCGUGCCCGUGGCCAGCGUGCUCAUCUGAGAGGCCACUGCUCACCUGCCUGCACAUCUGCUACAGCUGGCCCUGGGCCCACCCCACGAAGGGCCUGGGCCUAACCCCUUGGCCUGGCCCAGCUUCCAGAGGGACCCUGGGCCGUGUCCCAGCUCCCAGACACUACAUGGGUAGCUCAGGGGAGGAAGUGGGGGUCCAGGAGCGGGAUCCCUCUCCACAGGGGCAGCCGCAAGGGCUCGGUGCUAUUUGUAACGGAAUAAAAUUUGUAGCCAGACCCCA